GGCUGCCGACUGUGAAAUAUAUACCCUUCGAAGGUGCAAGUAGGGAACUAUUUAGGUGUCGAUUGAGCUCAGAACAGAGUCAACCAUCAACCCAGACUUUAAAAUUAUUAUAUUUGGAACCUUUCCUACCCUAUUAUUACUUCCAAGCAGCGCCGAAAUAUCCCCACCCAUUUCGAUUUUCCUUCACAUCAUCCGCCUUACUUUUCUCUCUCAUUUUCUCCCAUAUAUUCCCCAUUCUCGACAGGGCAGUCAGUCCCCAAAUUGCCAACAGCUUACAGCUUUUUGAGGCCAAUCAAAAAUUUAUGCCGAGUGGAGGGAAAAGGGAAAGAAGGAUCUGUUUGCGUGUGCAUUUGUUUGGUAGCUGGAAAUUUAUGUUUAUAAUGGUUGUCAUAAAUUGUUAAUUAACAAAACUAUUUUUGCUAGUCAGUUUAAUGAAAUAUUGGUGUUGAAUCUCGAAUUAAGAAUCCUUUUUGGACGUCAAUCCUAGGAGAAUUUGGACCCUUUUCCAAGAAGUUUGACCUGCUCUUGCCAUCUUUCUCGUUUCCCUCCUACUUCUACUCCCUCUAAAAUAACCCUCGAUUGGCAAAUGUCCAGUUGAUGUCCUACCUGUCCGCAAAAUGGAAUGCGUACUUUUCUUCUCUUUUCUUGCAUUUUUCCCUCUAUGAGUGGCGCCCGAUUUUUCCUUUCUAUAGUAUACUUUUUGGCACUUAUUUGUUAGAAAAAAAGAAGGAAAAUAAUUAUAACUAG